GCCCCCUCCGCCCGAGAGUCCGACGUGGAAGUUGCAGGCGGGCCGGGCUGGAGAAGGAGACCAAGGCGGACCGAGGUGGCGGCACCAGGGCUGGAAUUGAGUCGCUGCCGAGCCCAGGCCCGUCUGUGAGGAUCGGCGAGGGAGGACAGGCGGUUCACCAUGGGUGGCUUUUUUUCAAGUAUUUUUUCUAGUCUCUUUGGAACCCGGGAAAUGAGGAUUUUAAUUUUGGGAUUAGACGGUGCAGGAAAAACCACAAUUUUAUACCGUUUACAGGUUGGAGAAGUCGUUACUACUAUUCCUACUAUUGGAUUUAAUGUAGAGACAGUGACAUACAAAAACCUUAAAUUCCAAGUUUGGGACCUAGGAGGACAGACAAGUAUCAGGCCAUAUUGGAGGUGUUAUUAUUCAAAUACAGAUGCAGUCAUUUAUGUGGUAGACAGUUGUGACCGAGACAGAAUUGGCAUUUCCAAGUCAGAAUUAGUUGCUAUGUUGGAGGAAGAAGAGCUGAGAAAAGCCAUUUUAGUGGUGUUUGCAAAUAAGCAGGACAUGGAGCAGGCCAUGACGCCCUCAGAGAUGGCAAAUUCACUUGGGUUGCCUGCCUUGAAGGAUCGGAAAUGGCAGAUAUUCAAAACAUCAGCAACCAAAGGCACUGGACUUGAUGAGGCAAUGGAAUGGCUGGUGGAAACAUUGAAAAGCAGGCAGUAAUUCAAUCACUCCAACUCCUCUGAAACAAAGACAUCGGAACAGGUGUGCUUCACGUGACUACAUGUAAAAACUGAUUGAUGGCAUAUACAGAACUGACUGCAACAUCUGUAAUAUAUAUUAAAAAACACACACAAGUAUUUGGUUGGAGGGAGGGAUAACUUGCAAAUCACAUGAGUGUUCAAUGUAAUGUAAAAUAGUUCUUCCUUACUCUCCUGUGUUAAGGUAUGCUAUUUGUAUGGAGUUCUUACUCAAAUAUAGUUCUAUUAAAGAAUGCACUCUUCUCAGGGGGAAAAAAACCCUCCUAUUUUUGAA